AUGACUUUAUCACCAAUGUUUUCACUUUUUGACGGUUGCAUAGACUGGUCUGUGGAUCUGAAGCGGUAUCAUGUUCUGGCCGGGGAGCCGGUUCGGGUCAAAUGUGCCUUGUUCUACAGCUACAUCAGAACCAACUACAGCAUGGCGACCAAUGCCAAGCUGCGCCUCAUCUGGUACAAGAACAAAGGGGAUUCUGAGGAGCCAAUAAUAUUCUCGGGCCACAGGCUGAGUAAAGAAGAUGACUCUAUCUGGUUCAGAUCUGCUGAACUUGAAGACAAUGGAUUCUACACGUGUGUUCUAAGAAACGCGACGUACUGCAUGAAAGUGUCCAUGUCCAUGACGGUGGAGGAGAGCGACGAGGGCAAAUGUUACAGUAGUGGAAUCCGCCAUCUGGAGAAGGGCGAGAUAACCCACAGUAAAAUCAUCACCUGUCCUGAUAUAGAAGAUUAUUUGGCUCCAUACAAGCAGCCACAGAUGACCUGGUACAAGGAGUGUGAGCGGGUGGAAUGGCGUAGCGCCAUCCUGGUCAACACCACUCACAUCUGGAUCCCUGAGGUGGAGGAGAACGACGGGGGGAACUACACCUGUGAGUUACAGUACGGGUCUCGGCUGGUACGGAGGACAACCGAACUCAAAGUUACAGCUCUUCAGACGGCUCAGCCCCCCAAGGUCCUCUACCCACCCGAGAGACAGGACACCGUGGUGGAGGUCACGCCUGGUAUACCCCUAAGUCUGGACUGCAGGGCGUUUUUCGGCUAUAGUGGGGAAAACAGGAGGCCCAUCAUCUACUGGAUGAGAGGAGAGAAGUUUGUAGAAGAAUUAGCUGGCCAUAUAAAAGAAACUGAAGUCAGGGUUCUGAAGGAGUAUCUGGGGGAGAAGGAGGUCCAGCUGUCAUUGACAUUUGACGCGGUGGAGGAGGCAGACCUGGGGAACUACACCUGUUAUGUGGAGAACCACAUAGGGCGGCGCAGCGGCAGUGCCAUACUGCAGAAGAAAGGUAGAUACAUGCAUCGUCUGGAGCUGGCCGGCGGUCUGGGGGUGAUCCUGCUGCUGCUGGGGAUACUCACAGCCAUCUACAAGUGCUACAACCUGGAGAUCCUGCUGUGCUACAGGCGCCACUUCGGAAGCGAUGAGACUGAAGACGAUAAUAAGGAGUAUGAUGCAUACCUAUCCUAUACUAAAGUGGACCUGGACUCCCUGGGCAGAGCCAGCAGUGAGGAGGAGACAUUUGCUCUGGAGAUACUGCCUGAUGUACUGGAGAAACAUUAUGGAUAUAAACUGUUCCUACCGGAGAGAGAUCUGAUACCCAGUAGUAUUUACAUUGAAGACCUGGCUCGGAGUGUGGAGCAAAGCAGGCGUUUGAUCAUCGUGCUGACUCCAGAGUUUGUGGCCAAAAGAGGAUGGAGCAUCUUCCAGAUAGAGACACGCAUCCACUCCAUGCUGGUUACAGGGGAGAUAAAGGUGAUCAUGAUAGAGUGUGCAGACUUGAAAGGUGUCAUGAACUACCAAGAAGUUGAAGCACUGAAACACACUAUCAAGGUUCUUUCCAUCAUUAAAUGGCGGGGCCCUAAGAGCAAUGAGCUGUCCUCCAAGUUCUGGAAACAGGUGGUCUAUGAGAUGCCUGCUAAACGCAGAGAGACUCUGUCCAGACGCCAGGUGAUGGACUCGGGUGAGCAGGGCCUGUUUGGUGACUUACAAACUACAGUGUCCACCAUCGCCAUGACAACUACCUCUGCCUCGCUGGCCCCUCCUAGUGACAGUCGCCAUGGACACCAUCAGGUUGCCUUGGCGACAGAGAUCCCUGACUACAACCAGAUGACCUUGCCGCUGGGUGGGGGUCCCAAUGCUACGGCGGCCCAGAUGAGACAUUUCUGCCGCAGCUACGAGUUCCAGCUGCCGCCGCCGCCACCCUCCUCCCUCUCACCACCUCUUCCACCGCCCUCCACUGUGCAGUUCUCCACGCUGGGCCCUGGAGGGCGCCACGUCUACUGUAACAUACCUAUGACACUGCUGAAUGGACAGGUGGGUCAAAGCAGUACGCUGGGCAAGAAACCGGAGAUCCACCUGAACAGCUCCUUCGUUCCACUAACCAGCAGAGAACUGAGCUCUGACAUCUGGUAG